AUGGCACUCAACAUGAAAACAAUAGACCAAUUUGAUAUUGCGCAAGCCGAUGACGAUGACCGCCCAUCCAUCAGUAUGGAGGUGAAGAAGCUAGAAAAACCUGGCAGUCUAUCGCCAGUGAAGUCAGCGUUGAAGAGAGACAGUGCGGACGAUUUAAGGAGCUCUAGAUCCAGUAGUAAAUCUGAGAAAGAGUUGAGACUACCACCUGAAAAAUCACCUUGUGAUGAUAGCGGAUUAAGGAAGGAAAGAAGACUGUCUAGGACCCCUGACAGCUCUAAAGAUACCUUUGAAAGACAAGAUUCAAAGAGCACUUCACUGUCGAGCCCUAAGGUAUCUCGGAAAUACUUCACAAAUUGGCGUCAGGCAUGUGACAAGACGAAGGACAAGACGAAAGAGUUGUUGAAGCGGUGGCGGACUUUACCAGAGAGCGACGGUGUUGAAACACCAAUGCAAGCCGCCGGGAACAGCGAAGAAGAUAAACAGCGGGGAUGGAGUGUUCAUGUUUGGAAUGAUGAAGACCAUAACGAAUGUAUGAAGGUGUAA